AAAAGUGAGGGUCAACGGGCACUAUUCCGAGUCGCACUAGCAAUCUUCAAAAUGAACGAACGGGAGGUAUUGGCAGUGAAUGAUCCACUAGAAAUUUUCCAAGUGAUUCAGAAUAUGCCAAAACGAAUGAUCGAUUGCCACAGACUGAUGGAGUCUGUGUAUGACAAGUAUGCGUCGACCACACGGGUCAAUGAGCAAGACCUGUGCAAGAGGCGCGAAUUGGUUAAGAAUCGUCGGGAUGAGCGAAGGAAAAAUACGCCACGAUUAAAAAGACGGCUGAAGCGUGGCACGGUGCGAGGCACCAUCAUUCAUAAGGCAAUGGAAGCACGUCGUCUUGUUGAACGAGCAAAGACUGUGCGUCGAUGAUAACAUAGUGUCAUGACAUAUAAAAAUUGUGGGAGGCAGGGAUUACUUGUUUUUGCUUCUUCCUAUUUCAACUGUAAUACCACGAUAUACACGAUGCUACAUACAUACAUAAAGGAAGAAGAACGGAGCACGGUCCCUCCUAAGAG